AUGGAUUUGGUACCAGCCCCAAAAGGAGAGUCUUCGCUGAAGACCACCGUAGUUGAAGUAGAGGCCCUGGAUGUGGACGAUCAGUACGCUAUGGACGACGACGCGCCGGACCUCGCACUUGAGAUUUCGUCGGAUUUGGAGACGGACAGCGAUGAUUCCGAUGGAUGGGAUCAUCUGUCUAACUGCGAUGAGGCGAUCCAGUUCCUACGCGAUGACCAGAUCCGCGACGGGCUCAUUCCCGGUGCCUGUACUCUAGAAGAGGCGACUGCAUAUCGACAGCGUUUACAUGCCAUUGGUAAGGCAGCGUUCGUGGAAGAAACCCUCCUCCGCGAAACCGUCACGGCCAAAAAGCUGUGCACGGCAUUUGGAAUCGCGCCCCCGGCAUUCCUUGAUGGUGCCCCAGAUGAGUCUUACCAUUCUCUUCUGGCGAUCGCGAUCUCGCGCGAGUUUUCCCGGAGGCCCAAGCUUUCCCAGUACAACAGCAUCGACGAUGCUGUUCGGCUUCUUCGCGAGUCUCGGAACAUCGUUGUUCUGACAGGUGCAGGUAUCUCAACAAGCCUAGGCAUUCCCGAUUUCCGUUCUAAGGACACUGGGCUCUAUUCAAAACUGACGCAUCUGGGCCUGAGCGAUCCACAAGAAGUCUUUGAUAUCAAUGUUUUCAGGGAGGACCCGAGUGUUUUCUUUUCAAUUGCCAAGGAUAUUCUCCCGACAGAAAAGAAAUGGUCGCCCACCCAUGGGUUCAUUCGGCUUCUACAGGACAAGGGCAAGCUGUUAACCAACUACACCCAGAAUAUCGAUAACAUUGAAGCAAACGCAGGGGUACUCCCGGAGAAAAUUGUACAAUGCCAUGGAUCCUUCGCGACAGCCACCUGCGUGAAAUGUGGGUUCCAUGUCCCGGGCGACGCUAUCUUCGAUGAAAUCAGAGCAGGAAACAUCCCCCAUUGUACCGCCUGCAAGGAGAGAAUAGCAAAAGAAGAAUUAAAACCGCAAGGACUUAAGCGCAAGCGAAGUUCCAAUGGUCAGCACAAAGACCGCAAGGUCUCCGACGACAGUUCGGAUGAGGAUGACUAUGAAAUCCCGACUCCUGGAGUGAUGAAGCCUGAUAUCACAUUCUUUGGCGAAGAUCUACCCGACGAGUUUGGCGAACGUCUAAUUCACCAAGAUCGGGAAUUAGCAGACCUAGUCAUUGUCAUCGGAACCUCGUUGAAGGUAGCCCCCGUGGCUGAAGUGCCGGGGAUCCUCCCUCGCAAUGUCCCGCAGAUCUACAUAUCGCGCACUCCGGUGACACAUACCGAGUUCGAUAUUGAUCUCUUAGGUGAUUGUGACGUGGUGGUAUCAGAACUUUCGCGUCGGGCCGGCUGGAAUCUACAACACCAUAUGAUACCAGCCGAUGAGAAGGUCGAUAUUACCCCGGUGGAGGGAUAUGAAUCACGACAUGUUUUCAAGACAUAUAUUCGUCUCAUCAUGGAUUAUCUGGUUCGGUUCGCCCAGAUCCAUGAGACCUUCCGACGGCCGGAACUUCAAGCCUGUGCCACACUCGCAGGCGUUGACCUCGAAAUCAUCAGUUACUGUGAAUAUUCACCAUACUGCGUCGUAAGACUACCAGACGAAGCUGCGGCGCGGGCCGUCGUGAAGCGCAGUAUCCUGGUCAAGGAUAUCUUCGAGCUAUGGGGCGAAGGCACCAAUUAUGAAGAGCUACAUGCAGAUGUCCGUCGACGAACUCAGCAUCGCUGGAACGACUACAAUGCUGUCUCAUUCAAAUUCACGAUUGACUAUUUCGCAGGGACCCGCAGCCCAGCUCAGAAGGGAGAGAUCAUUCGAUCAUUCUCAUACAUGGAGUUCAAAGGCCCGAUCCGGCUAACAAACCCCGACGAGGAGUUUUUCGUGAUGGAAGAGUACAUCGACGACGUUGAAGUCUCUGUACUGGGCGUAUCACGAACUGAAGCUCCACGGAAGAUUUACCUUAGUCGCAAGAUUGCCGAUAGCUGUCGUGAGGAUGUGCUCAAAUACGACCUCAAGAAGCGUCGUUAUAUCAGUACAACUUCCAUGGAUGCGGAGCUGAGUCUCAUUACGGCGAACAUGGCUCUUGCCGCACCUGGGAAAUUGUUCUUUGAUCCAUUUGUCGGAACUGGAAGUUUCAUAAUUGCUGCUUCGCAUUUCGGCGCUCUGACUCUGGGCGCAGACAUUGAUGGCCGAAGCUUCCGUGGCAAAGUAACCGGAAAAUUGGGCAUAUAUGAAAAUUUCGACCAAUAUGGGAUCAAGAGCAAAUUUGUUGAUACAUUCACUUCCGAUCUCACCAACACGCCUCUGCGGAGAACCGCCAUCCUUGAUGGUAUUGUCUGCGAUCCGCCAUACGGUGUGCGUGAAGGGCUGCGGGUUCUGGGAAAUCGUAGGGGAAAACCCGCAGUCAAUGUCAUCAUUGAUGGCGUCCCUGCUCAUCUCCGACCCGGUUACGUGCCUCCGAAAAAGCCUUAUGGCUUCGAGGCUUUGCAGAACGAUGUUCUCAACUUCGCAGUUCACUCCUUGGUUCCCAAUGGCCGUUUGUCAAUGUGGAUGCCCACAACAAAUGAUGAGAAAACCGAGUUCCCUGUUCCAAUGCAUCAGAAUCUCGAAAUCGUCAGUAUCUCUGUGCAGUAUUUCAACACCUGGUCUCGCCGACUUAUAACCUAUCGCCGCCUACCCGAGGGACAAUUGUCGGAUAUCACACUGGCCCGGAAAAAGAUUGAUGAUCAGGGUACUAGAGCGGAUGAUCUCAAUGCAUUCCGACGAGUGCAUAUGCUCCGAGGCCACGGCACUAGGGUCGAGAAGGACCAAAAAACGGCAGAAUAA